GGGCCUGGCGAGGCGGGGCCGGCGGGAGGCCGGCGGGCGGCGAGCCAGCUGGACGAGGCCCCGCCAUGGACCAGGACUACGAGCGACGCCUGCUGCGGCACAUUGUCACGCAGAAGGAGAACACCAUGCCCUGUGUCUCUGAGCUGCGGUGCACGCUGACGCCCUCCAACUCGCCGGUGUCCUCGCCCAGCAAGCACGGGGACCGCUUCAUCCCCUCGCGGGCUGGGGCCAACUGGAGCGUCAACUCCCACAGAAUCAACGAAAACGAGAAGUCUCCCAGCCAAAACCGGAAAGCCAAGGACGCCUCCUCGGACAGCGGCAAAGAUGGCCUGGCCUACUCGGCCCUGCUCAAGAACGAGCUGCUAGGUGACGGCAUCGAGAAGGUGCAGGACCCCCAGACCGAGGACCGCCGGCUGCAGCCCUCGACACCCGAGAGGAAGGGGCUGUUCACAUAUUCCCUCAGCACCAAGCGUGCGAGCCCCGAUGAUGGCAACGACGUCUCCCCCUACUCCUUGUCCCCCGUCAGCAACAAGAGCCAGAAGCUGCUGCGCUCGCCGUGGAAGCCAGCCCGGAAGAUCUCUAAGAUCCCUUUCAAGGUGCUGGACGCGCCCGAGCUGCAGGACGACUUCUACCUGAACUUGGUCGACUGGUCCUCGCUCAACGUGCUCAGCGUGGGCCUGGGCACCUGCGUCUACCUGUGGAGCGCGUGCACCAGCCAGGUGACCCGGCUGUGUGACCUCUCUGUGGAAGGCGACUCGGUGACCUCGGUGGGCUGGUCCGAGCGGGGGAACCUGGUGGCCGUGGGCACACACAAGGGCUUCGUGCAGAUCUGGGACGCGGCGGCCGGCAAGAAGCUGUCGGUGCUGGAGGGCCACACGGCGCGUGUGGGGGCGCUGGCCUGGAACGCCGAGCAGCUCUCGGCCGGCAGCCGUGACCGUGUCAUCCUGCAGCGGGACAUCCGUUCGCCACCGUUGCAGUCCGAGCGGCGGCUGCAGGGCCACCGGCAGGAGGUGUGCGGCCUCAAGUGGUCCACGGACCACCAGCUGCUGGUCGGGGGCAACGACAACAAGCUGCUGGUGUGGAACCACUCGAGCCUGGCGCCGGCGCAGCAGUACACGGAGCACCUGGCGGCGGUCAAGGCCAUCGCCUGGUCCCCGCACCAGCACGGGCUGCUGGCGUCGGGUGGCGGCACGGCCGACCGCUGCAUCCGCUUCUGGAACACGCUCACGGGCCAGCCGCUGCAGUGCAUCGACACGGGCUCGCAGGUGUGCAACCUGGCCUGGUCCAAGCACGCCAACGAGCUGGUGAGCACCCACGGCUACUCGCAGAACCAGAUCCUGGUGUGGAAGUACCCGUCGCUGACCCAGGUGGCCAAGCUGACCGGGCACUCCUACCGCGUCCUCUACCUGGCCAUGUCCCCCGAUGGGGAGGCCAUCCUCACUGGUGCUGGAGACGAGACGCUGCGCUUCUGGAAUGUCUUUAGCAAAACGCGCUCCACGAAGGAGUCCGUGUCUGUCCUCAACCUGUUCACCAGGAUCCGGUAAAGCCGGGACCUCCGCGCCCUCGGCCUGCGUGGCCCCGUGCUCCCCGCACGCGGCCCAGGACCGGCGGCGGCCGGGUGGGGGGAGCUGGCCCGGAGGGAGCCGGGGAGUCCGAUUAAACACCUGAUUGUGAGCCGCGGCCACCGUGUCUGGGGGGACUGGGGACCCUCGGACCACCGGGCACGGACCCCACGACCUCCGGCAUCCGCUCCCCGAAGCACACAGCCCAUCGCUCGAGGAGCAUCGGACCAAGUGCAGGACGCCAGCUGCCGUCGCGGCCGUAACCUUGAGGACUCGUGGUGUGGACUUGUCGCGGUGGCCAGAGUGCCCCCACGGGAACGGGCGCUGUGCGUGUGCUCCCUUGAGUUUGGGACCUAGCUGGGGUCUGUGGCUGGAAGCGGGGUCCUGGAGCCGAGCUGGCCGAUGAGGGCGACCGUGACCCUGACAGCCAGCGGGGCCACGUGGGCGGGGUGAGCCAGGGUGAGGAUGAUGGCUCUGCUGGGUGGGGGCGCCGAGCCCCAAGGAAGGAGGCGGCCAGAUGUGGGGUGUAGGGGACGAGAGCAAGUGGGGAGGGGCCGGGACCCCGGGACCUUCCUCCAGGCGAGGCGGGGACCGGGGUCACGGGCAGAGGAGCAGUGAAGGAUGGGCAGGGUGCGAGGGGGCUCAGGCCCCCCCCGGCCCGAGCAGGUAGGUGGGCGGGAGGAGGCUGGCCCGUUGUGUUUACAUAUCUCUGUGGUGAAAUACACUGACACAACACGC